AUGAAUUAGCCUUAUCUUCAUCCUCUUUAACAAAUUAAUUAGGACUCAGCACCCAAAGAAACUCUUUAUGUCAGUGGAUUGAAUGAUAAAAUUAAAUUGGAAGACUUAAAAUUUGUGUUAUACAUUCUCUUUUCCUAAUUUGGAGAAGUCUUAUAGAUUGUAAUGAAAAAAACAUAAAAAUUAAGAGGUCAAGCUUUUAUUGUGUUUUAAAAUAUUACUUAUGCCACCAAUGCCAAAUCAGCCUUGUCUGGAAUGAUGGUCUAUGACAAACCACUAAUCAUUGAAUUUGCAUAUAAGAAGAGCGUAAUCUUCGAUAGAAUGGAAGGCAAAUUUUAUUACAAAUAGAAAUAAUAAAAAGAAUUACAGCCAACUUUGCCAACAGAUUUGGCCAAAGAGAGAAAAUAAAAAAAAUUAGAAGACAAAUUGAAUAACAAUACUGUUUUCAAUUAAGGAGAAAAUCAUUACCACCAUUUGUCACCGAAAUUAUGUUAUCGGAGUUAUUUAGACAAUAUCCUGGUUAUUCAUUUAAUUAAGGUAAUAACCGCAAGAGGCUUGGCCUUUGUUGAAUAUUAAAAUGAUGACCAAGCUACUGUAGCUUUGAAAGGACUCAGCAAUUUUAAAAUUACUCCUGAAUGCCAACUCAAAGUAAAGUAUGCAAAGAAAUGA